AUGGAGGACAAAUUAGUGUUCCUAGGAGAUGUGAAUGUUGAUCGAAAGGAAAGUGGACAUAAAUUUAAAGGGCAGAGCCUGAGCAGCACCGAGACCAGCUUUCUCAUCAGUGAAGAAUCAACGUUUCAAAAAAAUAAACAAAGCAAAGAUUCUAUCUUCUUCCGAGAUGGGAUUAGGCAAAUUGAUUUUGUACUUUCCUAUGUUGAUGACAUAAAGAAAGACAUGGACAUAAAGGCGGAAAGAAGAAAAGAAUUUGAACAAAAUCUCAGGAAAACAGGUCUUGAGUUGGAAAUUGAAGACAAAAGGGACUCUGAAGAUGGAAGAACUUAUUUUGUCAAGAUUCAUGCCCCUUGGGAGGUAUUAGUUACAUAUGCUGAAGUGUUGGGAAUCAAAAUGCCUAUUAAGCAGAGUGAAGCUCCCCAACCUGAGAACACUCACUUAAGCUCCAUCCGUGGGCCUGUGAAGCUUCCAGUGAAAGUGAAAUAUCCUCAUCCUGAAUAUUUCACUGCCCAAUUCAGCAGACAUCGGCAGGAGCUCUUCCUCAUUGAAGAUCCAGCAACCUUCUUUCCAUCUUCAACAAGAAACAGAAUUGUAGGUAGAGAAGACCUUUGGGCACAUCCCUUCAAGUACAGGAUGUGUGCCUGUGAUGCUUUCAUACAUGUGCAUGUGAAAUACUAUGUCUGCAAGGGGUUUCUGUGUAGAACAGGAGCAUUUGGUGGGAUUGGGAUGUUUGAAAGUCUGGACCAC